CCAGUUUGGGCGUUUUUCAGGAUCAGUUCCAAUUCUGUUGAGCUUGCAAAAGACUUGUAGUCUGGCGUUGGAUUUCAAAUUUGUUGAGUCAGUUUUCUGAAGUCAAUUAUAAAAAGUUUUAUCCCAAGAUGACACAAUACAUUGCUUUACUGGUCACCCUCUCCCUGACAGUGGUUGCAACCGUUGCGCAAGACGCGGCGUACCAACAAGGUCUCUCACUCCAUAAUCAACAGAUUCAGGAGCAUCUUCGAAAAGAGGCCGAACAACAAAGGUCAGCGGGUCAAUCGGGAGCAAGCCAUGCUCCUCAAAACCAUUAUCAACAACAGCAACCCCAAUACUUUCAACAACAGCAACAAGCCGCCCCACAACAGCAAUAUCAAGGGGGAGAAGAUGAUGGUCAAUACCGACCAGAAUUGUACAACAAUCCCAACAACUUUGCCAGGUCCAACCCAGAACAAGUAUACCAAGAAGGGAUCAAGGCUCACCAAGCCCAAAUUCAGGCUCAUCUUCAAAAGGAGGGCAGAUUCCAACCACAAGCCAACCAGAUUGGUGAUCCUAUCUAUCAGCAAGGGCUUCAAUUGCACCAACGUCAAAUCCAGGAUCAUUUGCAAAAAGAGCAACAACUAGGUGGUCCAGCUCCCCAAGCUUAUCAUCAACCUCAACAACGAGCUUACCAACCACAAGCCGCCCCAGCUCCACAAUAUCAAAAUCAAGGAUUCGGUGGACAAAAUAAUGGUGCACAAGAGUUUCAGCAAGGAAUUCAACUUCACAUGCAACAACUCUUAGAACAUCAACGACAACAGCAACAGCAUCAGGCGCAAGUUGGACAGGCGAGCCAAUACCAUCAGUCUCAGCAACCACGAUCCUAUUAAUUAUUUUUACCUAUCUAAAUAGAUUUGUCUCAGUUUUGAAAUUGUUAUGCCCUUCAUUUAUUAAAAAAAUAAAUCACCAAAAAAUAAACAUGGUCAUCAUACGUA